ACCAUCUCAAUUUUUAUUUGACCAACUUUUACAUCUUGUCUGUGGAAUUUUUGUUUCGUUGGCGAUUUCUAAUUCUAAGUACGUAGGAAAACCACCUGAGCAAAUAUGUGAAUUUACUCCAUAUGUUAUGAAGGACUCUUGCGCGUUUUCCUCUGAUUUUAUCCAGAAUGUUGGAAUAUUUGUGUCACUUGGUGUUACUUUUGCAGGAAUUAGCGCUGGAUGUUCAACAUUCGGCUACGAAAUUGCAGUUUAUCGUCGUGAAGCUUCGGCUGGAAUGAGCGCAACACCAUACUUUCUGGCUAAAACUGUUGCAGAUAUUCCUC